GAUGGUGUUGAAGGAAGAGGGCACUAGAGUACAGACAUACACUGUAUCCGCAGCUCAUUGUGUCAGUGCAGUAGCUUCUGUUCACAGAGCAACGAUUCCAUCAAGGAGCAAUUCUCUAUCUCUCACCUAGGGUCAUAGUGUCUGGAGAGAUGUCCCUGGCUACAGACUUGGUCUGCUUAAUGUAGGGUUCUUAAGGCAGAUCUGGAAGCACUGGAUUCUGCCUAGGAAAAUAUAGAGUGAGCAGGCAGUUUUUUUUUGUUUUUUUCACAGCAACUCACCUUUUCCAACAUCUGCAUGGCGUUCAUGUGUAAAAUGUUUGAUCUUUUCCUGAUCAUCUCCAUGAUGAUGAUAAUGGCAUUGAUGACACUGGACAACUUUGAAGGACGUGUUGGUAGAGCCGGUGCGUCUAGCCCAAGGUCGGUAGCUAGGAUGGAUGGAGAUAUUAUUAUAGGAGCCUUGUUUUCUGUACACCACCAACCACCAGCUGAUAGGGUACCAGAAAGGAAAUGUGGUGAAAUCAGAGAACAGUAUGGCAUCCAGAGAGUAGAAGCCAUGUUCCACACACUGGAUCUGAUUAACAUGGAUCAGACCUUACUACCCAACAUUACCCUGGGGACAGAAAUACGAGACUCCUGCUGGCAUUCAUCUGUCGCCCUGGAGCAAAGCAUAGAAUUCAUACGAGAUUCCCUUAUUUCCAUUAGAGAUGACAAAGAUGGAAUCAGUAAGUGUCUAGAUGCCACUCCAACACCUCAGGGCAGAAUUAAAAAGCCUAUAGCUGGUGUGAUCGGACCAGGCUCCAGUUCUGUAGCCAUCCAAGUUCAGAACCUACUGCAACUUUUUGAUAUACCACAGAUUGCUUAUUCCGCAACAAGUAUUGACCUUAGUGACAAAACUUUGUAUAAAUACUUUCUGCGGGUGGUCCCUUCUGAUAUAUUGCAAGCCAAGGCUAUGCUGGAUAUUGUGAAAAGAUAUAACUGGACUUAUGUCUCUGCUGUCCAUACAGAAGGAAAUUAUGGAGAAAGUGGAAUGGAGGCUUUUAAAGAACUUGCUACACAAGAAGGCCUGUGCAUUGCCCACACAGACAAGAUCUACAGCAAUGCAGGGGAGAAAAGUUUUGACCGAUUACUGAAAAAACUUCGGGAAAGACUACCAAAAGCAAGAGUGGUGGUUUGUUUUUGUGAGGGAAUGACAGUGCGAGGACUUUUAAUUGCAAUGAGAAGACUGGGCGUGAUCGGUGAAUUUCUGCUUAUUGGAAGUGAUGGAUGGGCAGACAGAGAUGAAGUCAUAGAUGGCUUUGAAGCUGAAGCAAAUGGAGGAAUUACCAUAAAGCUUCAAUCCCCAGAGGUUAGGUCCUUUGACAACUAUUUUCUAAGUCUACGUUUAGACACCAAUUCACGGAACCCUUGGUUUACUGAAUUUUGGCAAUACCGAUUCCAGUGCAGAAUUCCAGGACAUCCACAAGAAAAUACUAACUUUAAUAAAAUUUGUAAAGGUAAUGAAAGCUUAGAAGAAAACUAUGUACAGGAUAGCAAAAUGGGAUUUGUCAUUAAUGCAAUCUAUGCAAUGGCUCAUGGCCUCCAUAACAUGCAUUCAGCCAUGUGCCCAAAACAUGUUGGUUUGUGUGAUGCAAUGAGACCUAUUGACGGCAGCAAACUGCUUGAAUUUCUGAUAAACAGUCGAUUUGUUGGUGUCUCCGGAGAAGAUAUUUGGUUUGAUGAAAAAGGAGAUGCCCCUGGAAGAUAUGAUAUCAUGAAUCUUCAAUUCAUUGAGCCAAAUCACUACGAUUAUGUUCUUAUAGGAACUUGGCAUGAGGGAAUUUUAAAUAUUGAUGACGAUAGAAUACAAAUGAAUAAAAGUGGAAUGGUACGAUCUGUAUGCAGUGAUCCUUGCUCAAAAGGACAAAUAAAGGUGAUCAGGAAAGGGGAAGUAAGUUGUUGUUGGAUCUGUACCCCUUGCAAGGAUAAUGAAUUUGUUCAGGAUGAAUUUACAUGCAAGGCUUGUGAUCUGGGGUGGUGGCCCAACCAUGGACUGACAGGUUGUGAGCCAAUAGUUGUAAAAUAUCUACAGUGGAGUGACAUUGAAUCCAUCAUUGCUGUGGCCUUCUCCUGCAUAGGCAUUCUUAUUACUAUGUUUGUCACCUUGAUCUUCAUUCUCUACAGAGACACACCUGUGGUUAAGUCAUCAAGUCGAGAGCUUUGCUACAUUAUUCUGGCUGGGAUUUUCCUGGGUUAUAUAUGUCCUUUCACACUGUUAGCCAAGCCCACUACUGCUUCUUGUUAUUUACAGCGUCUUUUGGUUGGUCUCUCUUCAGCAAUGUGCUACUCUGCCCUGAUAACCAAAACCAAUCGUAUUGCCCGAAUACUAGCAGGAAGUAAAAAGAAAAUUUGUACACGUAAACCACGUUUUAUGAGUGCUUGUGCUCAAGUUAUCAUUGCUUCAGUAUUGAUCAGUCUGCAGCUUACGUUGGUAGUCACUUUGAUCAUCAUGGAGCCCCCAAUGCCCAUCCUUUCUUAUCCAAGCAUUAAAGAAGUCUACCUGAUCUGUAACACUAGUAACUUAGGUGUGGUGGCACCUCUUGGCUACAAUGGUCUUCUGAUAAUGAGCUGCACCUACUACGCAUUCAAGACUCGCAAUGUCCCAGCAAACUUCAAUGAAGCUAAGUACAUUGCGUUCACAAUGUAUACUACUUGUAUCAUCUGGCUGGCGUUUGUCCCAAUUUAUUUUGGGAGCAACUACAAGAUUAUUACCACAUCUUUUGCUGUCAGUCUUAGUGUCACAGUUGCUUUGGGUUGUAUGUUUACUCCCAAGAUGUAUAUUAUUAUUGCCAAACCUGAAAGGAACGUUCGAAGUGCUUUCACCACCUCUGAUGUAGUACGUAUGCAUGUUGGAGAUGGAAAAACACCGUGCAGAUCAAACACCUUCCUCAGCAUCUUUAGGAGAAAGAAACCAAGUGCUGGGAAUACUAAUUCUAAUGGAAAGUCUGUGUCAUGGUCUGAACCAGGUGGAAGACAAGUGCAGAAGGGACAACACAUGUGGCAAAGACUAUCAGUGCACGUGAAGACCAAGGAGACAGGAUCAUCAAACCAGACAGCUGUGAUAAAGCCUAUAACCAAAGGCUUCCAAGCUCAGAGCAAGAGCCACACAUUUUUAGAUACUAGCACUAAUGCAUUAUACAAUGUGGAAGAAGAAGAAGAAAAUGAGCCCGUAAGGUUCAGCUUACCCAGCAGUCCAUCCAUGGUGAUACAUAGGCGCUUGAAUGCAACUCCUCCCCCUUCUCAAGAAUUUGAGGAGGGAUCACUAUAUCUGCCAGAGCAAGUCUCUAAAAGCCUACCACUGCAAAAAUCUAUUUUAGACCAACUACAUGGGGUGAUCAACAAAUUCUCUACUGGCAUUCCAGACUUUAAUUCUGUUAUUCCAAUACCUGGCCCAGAGAAUAGUGUUGACUCCAUCUAUUCUACACAGCAAGUGCUUCCACUUCAGAUAGCGGCUUUCAGUGAAGGUAUAGGCUCCUCCACUGAGGAGGUAGAGAAUGAGAAAUUGAACCUUAUCCGGGAUUAUAUGUAUGAUAGCACAGACAUACCUGAUGAAGAACUUGUUCCAAGCAAAUUAGUACUGGAGGACUCACCUGCUUUGACGCCUCCAUCUCCUUUCCGGGAUUCAGUAGCUUCAGGCAGUUCUGUGCCUAGUUCUCCUGUGUCGGAGUCAGUACUCUGCACACCUCCAAGUGUGACAAAUGCUUCAGUUAUGUUGAGAGACUAUAAGCAAACCUCAUCCACCUUGUAGACAAAGUUCUUACUAACGCAUUGUUGUUUCUAAAGCUAUACAGGGCUUGUAACUGCAAGUAAAAAGGACUUUAUUAUAAAUGCAAAGCAGAAAGAAAAGCAAAUAAUCAGUGUCCUGCACUAAAAUCGAUCUCUAUGAGGGCUCCAAGUCUUAACAGCUGUAUGUAUUUGUUUCACUGUAUUCAUAAACAGAUGCAGUAUACUUAACUAAGCACAACAUUGUAAUGUACUUCUAAAGGAAUCUAUAUUACCUUGUUGGCAAAUGUUGGUAAAAACUAUAAUGAUCAUACAGGUCUUAUUAGUCAUUGGCAUUUGUUUGGAUCUAAAUAUUAAAUGUGUAUGACUAACUUAACUUAAAAGUCUUUAUACGGUGUACUAUGCUGGAAGGUUGAUUGAACAUUCCAUAGCCUAAGUGUAUUUCAUUUAACACAAACAUCUGAAGAGUCAAAAUAAAAGUUGAACCUCAAUAGGAUCCCAGUGCCCCUAACAACCACAUUAUGUUUAGGGUAUUUACCAAACUAUUUUUAGUUUUUUGGUAUUUUUAUGCUUAACCAACAGUGUACAUGUAGUCAGUGACAGCUUGAAAUCACAUUAGCAUCACAAAGUAAUGCAUAGGAGUGUGAAUAUAAACCUCGAUGGUAACGACACAAACCCAUGUAGACUGCACAGUUAUGACUAGAGCCUUACAAUUAAACAUUACAAUGUCAGUUAAAAUUUUUAUUUAUUCAAUUAAUUAAUUAUGAAUAAUAAUAAGUAAUAUAGAACAAAUGUAGUAGUAGUUUUAUUAUGUAUAUAUUAUGAUAAUUUGGUAGUCAGACCAAAUGGGGAUUGGUGGCAAGUGACCAAAGCUAAAUUUUGAUUAUCUGACCAAAUUCUUAUUUUACAAUUUUUAAAAUAAUUUAUGUAAAAGCAGUACUUUAACAUAGUCUACAUAAUGUUUUCGGUUGUAUUUAUUUUCAUUAUUCAAAUUUAAAAUUAAAAAGGAUCUCUACCCAAAAAUGUUUAAUUAAACCAUAAAUUAAAAACUCAUUUAAAAAGUUGAAGCAGUGUAAACUUAGAGGUAUUCGUCUUUUAUUUACAGAGAUUUUAGCAUUAUUAUGUUUGAUUGCGGCAAUUUAAGUAUUUUUUUUAUUUUUACCAAAUUGACAACAGGAAGUUUGGCCAUUUUGUUUGUCACUUGUAAUCAAGUGUUUCAAAAACAAGUAACUUGUCAACUAAAUUGUGUUAGUAUAUGUCCAGAAGAUGAAAAGUGAGCACUCUUGCACUCACCAGACAUGGUCUUGAUAAAACAGUUCCUUACAAAGUAACAUAGCUCACAAGGUUGAAAAAAGACCAGAGUCCAUCAAGUUCAACCUAUAUCCCUAAUGAGUCCCUACUGAGUUGAUCCAGAGGAAGGAAAAAAAAAACCUCAUCUUAGAGGUAAAAAUUCCUUCCCAACUCAAAUAUGGCAUCAGAAUAAAUCCCCGGAUCAACCUUCUGUCCCUAUAAUCUAGUAUCCAUAACCUGUAAUGUUAUUACUCUCCAAAAAUGCACCCAGGCCCCUUUUAAACUCUUUUACAGAGUUCACCAUGACCACCUCCUCCGGGAGAGAAUUCCACAGUCUCACUGCUCUUACAGUAAAGAACCCCCAUCUGUGCUGGUGUAGAAACCUUCUUUCCUCUAAAUAAAGAGGAUGCCCCCUUGUUAUAGAUACAGUCCUGGGUAUAAAUAGAUCAUGAGAAAGAUCUACGUAAGGUCCCCUGAUAUAUUUAUACAUAGUUAACUUAUUAGGUCACCCCCUAAACCUUCAUUUUUCUAAACUAAAUAACCCUAAUUCUGAUAAUCUUUCUGGGUACUGUAGUCCUCCCAUUCCCCAUAUUACCCUGGUUGCCCGUCUUUGAACCCUCUCCAGCUCCACCAUAUCUUUCUUGUACACUGGUGCCCAGUACUGUACACAGUAUUCCAUGUGUGGUCUGACUUGUGAUUUGUACGGUGGUAGAAUUAUUUCCUUGUUGUGGGCAUCUAUGCCCCUAUUGAUACACCCCAUGAUUUUAUUUGCCUUGGCAGCAGCUGCCCGACACUGGUCACUACAGUUACUGUUAACUAAGACUCCCAAGUCCUUUUCCAAGUCAGUCGUCCCAAGUGUUCUCCCAUUUAAUACAUAAUCCCAGCACAAAUUUUUCCUCACCAUGUGCAUUACCUUACAUUUAUCAGUGUUGAACCUCCAACCUAGCCCAAACCUCCAACCUAUUCAGAUCAGUUUGUAACAGUGCACAGUCCUCUAUGAUGUUAACCACUUUACAGAGUUAAGUAUUAUCUGCAAAGAUUGCUACUUUACUAUUCAACCCCUCUACAAGGUCUUUUAAUGAAUAUAUUAAAUAGAAUAGGACCCAAGACUGACCCCUGUGGUACCCCACUAGUAACAGUCACCCAAUCAGAAUAAGUAUCAUUAAUAAUGACCCUCUGUUUCCUAUCACUGAGCCAGUUACUUACCUACUUGCACACAUUUUCCCUCAGCCCAAUCUUUCACAUUUUAUGCACCAACCUUUUAUGUGGCACCGUAUCAAAUGCUUUUGAAAAAUCAAGAUAUACAACAUCCAGCAAUUCCCCCUGAUCCAGUCUGGAGCUCACCUCCUCAUAAAGGCUGAUCAGUCUGGAGCUCACCUCCUCAUAAAAGCUGAUCAGGUUAGUUUGACAGGACUGAUCCCUCAUAAAGCCAUGCUGAUAUGGUGUCAUACAUUUAUUUUUAUCAAGAUACUCCAAAAUAGCAUCUCUUAGAAAACCCUCAAACAAUUUACAUACAAUGGAGGUUAAACUAACAGGCCUAUAAUUCCCAGGUUAACUUUUGACCCCUUUUUAAAUAUUGGCACCACACUUGCUAUGCGCUAGUCCUGGGGAACAGACCCUGUCACUAUAGAGUCCUUGAAUAUUAAAAAUAGGGGUCUGUCUAUUACUUUACUUUAGAACACGGGGGUGAAUGCCAUCUGGACCUGGUGAUUUGUCUAUUUUGAUUUUUUGUAGGUGGCACUGUGCUUCUUCCUGGGUUAGACAGGUGACCUGUACUGGGGAGUUUACCUUAUCUCCCUGUAUUUCACCUGGCAUUUCAUUUUCCUCUAUGAAUACAGUGGAGAAGAAUGUGUUUAAUAUAUUUGCUUUUUCCUGAUUCUCGUCUAUAAUUUCUUCCUCAUCAUUUUUUAAAGGGCCAACAGGGGUUCUCCGGUGGAAAACUUUUUUUUUUUUUUUUUUUAAAUGAACUGGUGCCAGAAAGUUAAACAGAUGUGUAAAUUACUUCUAUUAAAAAAAUCUUAAUCCUUCCAGUACUUAUUAGCAGCUGUAUACUACAGAGGAAAUUAUUUUCUUUUUUUAAUUUCUUUUCUGUCUGUCCACAGUGCUCUCUGCUGACAUCUCUGUGCAUGUCAGGAACUGUCCAGAGCAGCAUAGGUUUGCUAAGGGGAUUUUCUCCUGCUCUGGACAGUUCCUGAGAUGGACAGAGGUAUCAGCAGAGAGCACUGUGGAUAGACAGAAAAUAAAUCCAAAAUGAAAAGAAUUUCCUCUGUAGUAUACAGCUGCUAAUUACUGAAAGGAUUAAAAAAAUUUUAAUAGAAGUCAUUUACAAAUCUGUUUAACUUUCUGGAGCCAGUUGAUUUAACCCCUUAAGGACACAGCCCAUUUGACCUUAAGGACCAGGCCAAUUUUAUUUUAGCGUUUUAGAUUUUUCCUCCCUGCCUUCUAAAAUCCAUAACUCUUUUAUUUUCCCAUCCAUAGACCCAUAUGAGGGCUUGUUUUUUGUGUAACUAAUUGUACUUUGUAAUGACAUAACUCAUUUUACCCUAAAAUGUAUGGUAAACCCCCCCCCCCCCCCCCAAAAAAAAAGUGUGGAAGGAAAUUUAAACGGAAAUCAUAAUUUUGCAAAUUUGGGGGGGUUUCUUUUUCACGCUGUACACUUCAUGGUAAAAUAAAAAAUAAAAUAAAAUUUAGGGAUGUGUGAGGACUAAUUUUUUACAGUAGUUCAGUAGAUCUGUAGUUUGUGUUAGUACCACUCUUGUGUAUAUGUGGUAUUUGUGACUUUUUGAACGUUUUUUAUACAUUUUUCUUUUCAGUUUUAUGUGACAAAAAAGCAGAAGUGUUGGACUUUUUUUUUACUAUAAUUUUUAUUGUUCGGACAUUUACGCACGCAAUGAUACCAAAUAUGUUUGUUAUUUAUUGUUUUUUACACUUUUUUUUAUUAAAGGGGUACUCCGGCACUAAAACAUCUCAUCCCCUAUCCAAAGGAUAGGGGAUAAGAUGCCUGACUGCGGGGGUCCUGCCGUUGGGGACCCCCGUGAUCUUGCAUACCAUACCCCGUUAGCAUCAGCCCCCGGAGCGUGCUCGCUCCGCGUCUGAUUAAUAGCGAUCACUAGCGUGUGACGUCACGGCUCUGCCCCUCAAUGCAAGCCUAUGAGGGGGUGUCCUUUGGAUAGGGGAUAAGAUGUCUUAGCGCCAGAGUACCCCUUUAAUAUGGGGAAAAGGGGUGAUUUCAAACUUUAUUGGGGGAGGGGCUUUUUACAUUUUUUUUUUACUUUUUUAAAAACGUUUUUUACAUUUAUUUUACACUUUUUUAGUCCCUAUAGGGGACUAUUUAUAGCAAUCAUCAGAUUGCUUAUACUGUCCAGUGCUAUGCAUAGGGCAUAGCACUGAUCAGUAUUAUCGGCGAUCUUCUGCUCUGGUCUGCUGGAAGGCAGAUAAGUGCAGAAGACCCCGAGAGAGGGACGGAGGCAGGUGAGGGGAUCUCCGUCCACCAUCUUGGCUGUUCUGAUCCCCGCGGCAGUUCCGAGGGCGAUCAGAUCUAACAUUUUAAAUGCUGCACUGCCGCAGAUGCCAUAAUCAGUUUUGAUCACGGCAUCUGAGGGGUUAAUGGCAGACAUCAGCACGAUCACUGAUGUUGGCCAUUACCGACAGGUCCGCAGCUGCUGACAGCCGCUGGGACCCAUCGCAAAUGAAGCAAGCGAAGCUCCUGUGCUCGCGUCACAGCUGCGCUUUAAAUGUACGGCGCUGUGCACUACAUAGCGCUAAGCAGCGCCGUACAUUUAAGGGGUUAAAAAGACCGAAAAAAAAUGUUUUACACCGGAGUACCCCUUUAACCUUUUUGCUAUUUAUAUAGUUAAACUACAUUUUGGGGUUUGUUUUACUCUCUUUGGCAAUGAGUCUUUCUGUCUCUACUUUUGUGGCUUUUAUCAGUUUUUUACAUAUUUUACAUUUUUCUCUAUAGCUUUUUAAUGCUUCUUCACUGCCGUCCUGUUUUAAUAGUUUAAAUGCUUUAUUUUUGUCAUUUAUUGCCCCCUUAACAUUUUUAUUAAUCCACAUUGGUUUUCUCCUAUUCUUCACCCUUUUAUUCCCAUAAGGUAUAUACCUCUUACAGUGAGAAUUUAAGAUAUUUUUAAAAGUCUCCCAUUUAGUGUCAGUAUUCAUAUUUUUCAGGUCAUUAUCCCAAUUUAUAUUCUUAAGGGCUUCUCUGAGUUGAUCAAACUUUGCCUUCCUAAAGUUCAUUGUUUUUGUGGCAACUCGAGAGGUUCCCUUAUUGAAGAACAAGUUAUAAUGUAUUAUAUUAUGAUCACUAUUUCCUAGGUGUCCUUCUACUUGCACAUCAGUUACUCUGUCAGGUCUGUUGGUUAAUAUUAAGUCUAGUAGGGUGCCCUCUCUGGUCGGGCCCUGCACCAUUUGGGACAGAUAAUUGUCUUUAGCUAUAGUCAGAAACCUGAUUCCUUUAUGAGAUUCACAGGUCUCAGUCUCCCAGUUUGUAUCCGGAUAGUUAAAGUCCCCCAUUAUUAUCACCUCAUUUUGAUUUCCUGCUUUGUCUAUUUGCCUCAGUAAUUGAUUUUCUGGCUUUUCCUUUAUAUUUGGUGGCUUAUAGCAAACCCCUAUCAGAAUUUUUUUCCUUUUAUCUCCAUAUAAUUCUACCCAUAAUGACUCCACAUUAUCGUUUCCCUCCUAUAUAUCCUCCCGCAGUGCGGCCUUCAGACUGGACUUUACGUACAGACAAACUCCUCCCCCUUUCUGUUUUGUCCGAUCCUUCCUGAAUAGACUAUAACCCUGUAUGUUGCCCGCCCAAUCGUAGCUAUCAUCCAACCAUGGCUCUGUUAUACGCAUUAUGUCAUAAUUCUCCUCUCCUCUUGCUUUGGUAAGAUGUCACAAUACAGAGCAGGAAUGUCUGAUGCGUUUCGUACUAUAAGGUGCUUAAUCAUAAACAGUCUACGAUUAAGCACCUGACGGUGCGAACCAUGUCAGACGUUCCUGCUCUGGAUUGUGACUCCUUGCCAAAGCAGAAAUAAAGCAAAUAUUCUUAUACAUAUCCAGUGUCGGACAUUCUUCCUUUUAGACUUCUGGUAUUAGUCAACUAUUCUAACCCCUCCCUCCGCUCCACCCCCAAGUACAUUAAUAAGUCCCACCUCUCUAUCUACACUAUCUACAUUUAUGUUGUAGGUUCCCUCCCCCCCAGUCCCUAGUUUAAAAACUGCUCCACCCUUUUGGUCAUCUUCUCUCCAAGCACAGCUGCACCCUCCCCAUUGAGGUGCAGCCCGUCCCUAAGGUAGAGCCGGUAUUCUUUAUUGCUUUAUUUCAUCUCAGGUACAGCAGGUGCGACAGACAGGUGCGAGGGGUGUUCUAGGCAAUGGACUGUGUUGUGCACGUUGCACUUCGUCAGGCCCUCACUCUUAAAUUUGUUAGCAUGUUCCAUUGAUGACAAAGUUUACCAUUGUAACAGCGGUAGUGAAGUGGAUCCGCUGUACCUGUGUGGAUGAUGGCGUGGGCCAUACCAGCGAGUGGAGUCUAAGGUGCCGCUGGUUUUCACCAGAGUCUGCCGCAUAGCGGGAUAGAUUUGCUGUGGCAGGUGGCACCCAGCUCGCUACCCCUGAUAUGACUCGUCCACACAGGCUGCCGAGGUGAUGUGUGGCACAGGGAGGAUGAGGCAAACUCAAAGUCUGGACAGGCAAGAGGUCAGGGCAGGCGGCACAGGAGAGUAGUCAGGAAUGUAGCUAGGAGGUCAGAGGGCUGGUGGCACAGGAGCAAGGUCAGGUCACAGAGCGCGUCUGGCUGCAGCGCUACUCGUAACAAGCAUCAAUUGCUAAGAAGCUAAUUCAUAAGUGGCAACCAAUAUGACUGAGCUUCCUGUUGCCUCUUUUUUUUUUAUGUAAAUGACUGCCACUAAAAAUAAAUUAAUUAUUAUUUCUUUAAACAAAGCAAACAUUAUAAAAUUAAGGCUAUUACUGCAAUUUCCCAGGAGAUGCUAUAAGGUCAUUUGCACAUUUAAGGUGGAAAUAAAAUUUUACUUCUGAUAAAGUUUUUAGUCCUUGAGUAAAUGGAAACUAUAUCUAAAGGGUAUAUCAUAGGGGAUAUUAUCAACAUUUUCCUCAACCCUUUUCUGUCCCAGAUUGCAAUCCAAAUAGUAAAAUGAACUACUUUACUAUAUAUUUCACAAUCUCUGAGAGGCAGUUUGCAGCAGUGGGCACCUUAUUUUACUGCAAUGGUAGACCAGAUGAACUGAGUGCUGUAUAGUUGAAAGACCCACGCAACUAUACAGUCCCCGCUUGAUUAUGAUUUUUAUAAGUGUCCCUUUCCUUUACUCAUACAACUUUCAUGUUGAGAAGGGCAGCUAAUUUUAGUUUUUAUUUAUUUCAGUAUUUAAAUGAUUAGUUUUUGAACAUUUUAAGUGUGAAGAGGGAUGAUAUAUAUUUGUAUAUAUACCAGGUUAAAUGAUGCAUAAAAUGGGGGUAUUCUGUGCUUUUAAGGGGUAUGCCUGUACCCCCCAAUGUUCAUAGCUAGAAUAUGGGUAAACACAUAUAGCUCUCCUCGUGAAAAGCUUUGAUCUGCACAGUUCUUUAACUUAUUUAUAUAUUUUUAAUCACUGUGGGAAAAGGAAAUUCACUUGUCACUGUUUUCUUUGUAUAUUUAAUAUGUAUAAACUACUUAGACUUGUCACACAGAUAAUAUAUAUUACUGCUAUUUUUGUCGACCUGUGUUUAUGACUUAACAUACAGUUUUAGAAAUGCACAUUUUUCAUAUGUGGCUACUAUCUGCAGCCUCUAACUUAAAGCCGAACUUUGUAUGUCUGAGAUACCUGCUGAUAUUUAAAAAAAAAUCUUUUUGGUUUCAGCGUGAAAGUCGUUAAGGUGUUUGCAAUAAGUAUGCAUACGAUUAAAACAUUGUAGAAAAUGUAUUGCACAAUUGAGUAUUUAUUAUAACCUCUGAACAGUGAAGAAAACAAAAAUGACAUUUUUGAAAAUGUUUUAUAGACAAUAUUUAUUGUACCAGAUUAGAAUCUUUCCCUAUAGCUUAAUGUGAAUUCAACUUUAGAAUAGGAGUUGUGACUAAGUGCUCACCAGUGUUUUGGAACUAUAUUUCCCAGCACGUUCUCUCAACUAGCUGCCAUUCCGAACUGCUGGAAAGCUACCGGUUAACAAUGUUUUCUUUGGAAAAACCAGACCAUUUUUACCUCAGUGUUGGUAUUUUAGACUCAGUUUUGUUUUCUAUGUUGCAUGUUUCCUCUGCAUUUUCUAUUUCAGAGGCUAUCUAUAUUUUGCCAAGGAAAUGACAGUGUUUCUGGUGGCAUUAAUGUUGAAGAACCUUUAUAGCAUUGUUGUGGUCCAUUUCACUUGAUACUAGACCGCAAUCUACUGAAUAAUGUGUGAGCCAGUGAAGAAAGGAGCAAAGACCUACACUGCAUAUAACUUAUUAAAGCCGUUUACCGUAUAAAUGCUGCCACUUAUUUAUCAUAUUAAUGAAUGUAAAAUAUUUGCAUUAAUGCCAAUAAAUAUUACAAAUAUU